AUGAGCAAUGAUAAAAUUUCUACUACACGCGAAUCAGUAGCCACGAAUGGAUCCAAUUUCCAUAUAAUUAAUGAGGGAAAAGUUAGUAUUAGGAAGAACGAUACUACAUUUUAUAAUCCUGCGCAGAAAACAAAUAGAGAUAUAUCCAUUUUAGUUAUAUCUGAAUAUUUUAAAAAUAAAGAAAACAUUAGAAUUCUUGAUGCGAUGUCGGCUACAGGCCUUAGAGGAUUGAGAUAUCUAAAAGAAAUCAAAAAUUUAAAUUUAUUCUUCAAUGAUAUUAACGACAAUGCGAUAGACACCAUCUUUGAGAAUUUAAAAUACAAUAAUGUUUCUUCUUCUCAAAUUAAAUAUUUUGAAAAAAAUUUAUGUGAAAUUCGUGAAACAUUUAGUCAUAUAAAUGUAGUUAAAUCUGAUUGUAAUGUUUUAAUGUGCACGUUACAAAAUUUUUUUGAUGUUAUUGACAUUGAUCCAUUUGGUAGUUGUUCAGAAUACAUUGAAAAUGCUAUCCGAGCUAUAAAACACAAUGGGCUUAUUUGCUUUACAAGUACAGAUAAAGGGGUUUUGAUAACCAACGAGAAUAAGAGCAUUGUUAAAUAUGAGACCACAAUAUUAAAAAAGUAUUCAGCUAAAGAGAUGGCGCUCAGGAGUCUUUUAUCGUGUAUAUCACGACACGCCGCUAAAUUCGGUGUUUCUAUCGAGCCAUUACUUUCUCUUAGCUUAGAUUUUUACCUAAGAGUUUUUGUAAGAAUUUUAAAAAAAGGCGAAAAACGUGUUAUUGCAGACAACGGGCUGUUUUAUUUAUGUAAUUGCGGUAAUUUUAAAAGUGCUGAUGGAAACCGGCAAGUAGUAAAUUGUAAUAUUAAUUAUAAGUUGUUUAGUUUAGAAGACCCCGAUUUUAUGAAGAAAUUGAAAAAUGCAUGUGAAACUAUUAAUUUUUCGAAUGGUAAUAUUUGUGAGGUAUGUAACAAAAAAAUGAAAAUAUGUGGUCCAUUUUGGAAUAAGCACCUACAUGAUCAAAAUUUGGUUAGUAAAAUUAAAUCAAAUUUAUCUUCAGAUGAUAAUAGAUUGGUAGGUAUUUUUAAUUUUGUUGGUCAAGAGAUAUCUACUAUGUGGUAUUAUGAAAUACCUUUACUUUCUAAGAACUUAAAAAUGCCAUGCAUUAGACUUAUUAAAAUGUUAACGGCCUUAAAAAAUCUUGGAUUUGAUGUUUCAUUAACGCAUUGCGAUAUAAAAGGAUUUAAAACCAAUGCUCCUGUAAAAAUUAUUUAUAUUGUUUUACAGAUAGGAAAUUUAGAACCCGACUUUAAAUUAUUUAGUAAAAAUGAUAUUGUUAAUAAGAUAUUUGAACAAAAAUACUAUAAAGGACUUAUUGAUUCUAAAUUAGGCCCAUUGUCUCUUCCGCGCAAGGAUUAA